CACGCGAGGAAAAUCUCUUCACGGUGUCAUCCCUAGUUCUCCUCUUCUUUCUGAAAAAUACAAACCGAAAACAUGAAGAAUCUUUUUAUUUUUGUUUUUCUAAUGUUUACCCUCGUACUUUGUGGCCAAUGCAAUGGAGAGGUCUGUAAGAAGUUGCUGGCCGAUUUGGGCGACGGGCAGAUGCAUUUCAUCUACUGUGCCACCACCAAGUCUGUGCCCGUGAAUCUGUGCGUUGGAUGCGACCUGGAGUACCACAAUAUUGUCGGCCUCUACAAUAAUCUCAUGAAGAACGAGAACUGUUCCAAGCGCUACCUUGAUUCGGACCGCAUCAACAUUGUGCCCACCACGCAGGGCAUCCUCACGAAUCUCUGGCAAAAGGCAAACUGCGAUGAUUGUGCAAGGGCCAAUAACUCGGGUAAUUAUGAUACUUACUCUACCAUAUUCGAUUCCUGCUUGACCAAGAAUAAGGACAACGUGUGUAUGGCCUGCAAGCUGGAAUACCUCAACUUGAAUACCUUUUACAAGAACAUGGAAAAGGCAAGCAAGGGUCAAGUAUGCUUUGAUCUGCAGGAUAAUAUGAACCGUACUCGCCUCAACUGGUCCAAGACCCUGAAAUGCUGCCAGCGGGAAAGCAAGUUGGAAAACUUUUUGAUCGCCGUGGCCGUGGUUGUUCUCCUGCCCAUUUUCACCUUUUAUGUUACGGCAAUUGUGGUGACCAAGCGCCGGGAAGCCAACCAUGGUUUGCUCAACGAGCAGGAACCCGAGUUGGAUGCUCCUUCCACUGCAACAAUUAUUAGCGCUGCUGUGCUGUCCACUCGCAGUGUCGAUACCGCUGAAGUCUUGGCCACAACGGAGAAGAUAGCCAAUGUGCUGAAUCAAGCCCGUGUUGAUCUCUCUGAUGAUUCCAGCAACGAUGAGAGACCGAAUUCGAGAAAGAAGAAAGCAACUCGUCCCGCCUUGAAAUUUGAUUCUUCCAGCGACGACGACGAGCAAUUGAGAUCGAAAGUGUUGCCCACAGGGACUACUGGUCAGGAAUCGGAUUACUCCAGUGAUGAUGAACCUCUGGUGAAACCCAAAAGAGCCUAAGGAAACCAAAGAAAGGCUCUUGAUGGUAAGAUGAAAUCAAAGGAAUAUCUUGCCUUUCAGGCUUAAAAAGCAAAAGUAAUUUAAUGAAAAAUAUUCCUAUUACGAGGAAUUCAAUUUCUUACAUCUCUGCUCAUUACUAUAUUUAAGGGAACAACUUCUCCUACUCUCAAGUUGAGAUAUUUUUCUAUAUAACAAAUCCAUAAGCCAUAUAAUAUAUACAUAUGUGAUAACACAAUAAAGUACCAAACA